AUGGCGGGCUGGUCACCGUGCGAAGAGCCUGUGCCGUUCACACGUUUGCUCCUCGGAACAGUCGCCGACAUCUCGGCUCCGGGGAGAACGCAGAGCCGCGGAUUCGGCGAGGCGGCGCAGGCAGGGUACCGAGCGGGCGGGGGCCAGCCCGUCGCUGCCGGGGCAGAUGGCAGCAGUGCCGGCCACCGCGCCAGCGGGGAGCAGCCCUCCCGGGGAGAGACAGGGGCAACGGGAGGAGGAUGGAGCAGUGCGGGCGGCCACGGCGUGGGCAGAGGUUGCUCCAGUCCCCUGUGCCGGGGAACCGGAGACGAGCGGCUGGGUCUUGGCGAUUUCAUCCCCGCCCAGGCAGUAAUUCAGAUACAUCCGAUCCUUCGAGCUGCUGUCAAUGUACGAGGUGGAAUAGGAAGGAAGGAGGGAGGGAGCUCAGAGCAGCAUCCUUUGUCAGCGUCCCCCGGCCUCCCAUCCCCGGGGCCCGCUGCAGCCUUCCCUGCUCCGGGCUAUGGCCAUGUCUGGUGCUCCUUAGAGCUCUGUGUGUUGGGAGAGGCGAGGAGGGGACGGGAGAGGCCAAGUGUACAAAAAUUACGGGCGGAAAGGGAAGGGUGUCUGUGGUGUGCCCUUGAAGCUGUGUCACUGAGACAGAUACCUGCCUGUGGGAAUUGGAAGUGCUCUUCAGGAACUGUGAUGCCUUGUGCUGACAAGUCCUUGCACUCAGCUAGACUUCUGGGAUCAGCACUCUGCCAACGGCCGCCUUGUUCUCAUAAACACACAAAGCCCCAAAAAGAAACCCAGCAAAUAUUUCCUAUGGCUUUGAAAAUGGGCUUUAAUAUCUCAUGAUAUUUAAUAUCUACAGAUAAGCCUUUCAAGCAAAUGAUAUCAGGACCUUUACAGAAUACAAGUUUGCAGGUGGAUUAUUUAUUUCCAAGAGAACAUAAAUCAACAAGUGUCACUGAGAAAGUGAGGAGGAAAACACAUUUCCGGUUUUGGCCAGAAAAAAGCAUCAGGGACAGCACUGCAAAAGAUCUUCCAAAGCAUACAAAGUUUUCUAUGAAUUGAGAAAUGAAGAUAAUGGGGUCACAGAAAUAAAUCCAGUGCCAGUGCUUUAGCCCCACAAGAAGUAAACCUCUGACUCUUCAGGACAUGGCUCUGAAGCAUCCAGUGCUGGCAUGGAUGGAGUCAAAGUGCCAGCAACACCCCCCCAGCUGCGGCAGGAAAAGCCCUACAGCAGGGAGGAAGCAUGGAACAUUUGAAGCUCCACUGACAGCAGACGGGAAGA